AUGAAGUUCCCGCCUGAAACGGCCAACGCGGUCGAGCAGACUACCGGAUUCCCCGACUACACUCCGAAUCUCGCUCGCGUGGAGGAGGCGGAUCAGGUCCGGAAACGCUGGCUUCAGGCUGAUUUCGCGGAGCUCUUGAAAUCGGCACCCUGGGAUACCAUGUUCGAGGAUCGAGUCCGGCAGUUGCUGCUUCAUCGGCCUGCAGAUCUGAAUGCCAAGAUCCAGGAUGGUCUAUCAAGGCUUGUCAAGUUCAUGAGUGAGAACCGCAAAGCCUUCUGGUACGUCGGCCACUGGUUCUUCGUGAAUCACGGGCUGGAUGUAUCUUCGAACCAGCUCCACCGGGACCGCAAGCGGGACUGCGACUACGCGAAGAAACACUACAAGCGCCUCAUCGAUGAGCUGGUCUGCUUCUGGGUGAUCAUGGAUCCCUCUCACGUGGAUGACUCGGGCAACCGGAUCACGCUGCAAUCCCAGCUGGAGCUCGUGGACCGUGCUGAGCCGGCUCGCGCGCAGUGGAACUACUGCGACUCGGAUGAAGCCCGGACCCAGCAUCUCUCGCAGGUUCUGAAAGACCGGCUUCUGGACGAGACUGAGCGUGGGCAGUACAACGUCUCGGACGACUUCCCGUGA